AUGGGCCUAACGACUCUCAGGGCCUUCAUUGAACAUUGUGGUCGUACACCCUUUUCAUUUGAGUACCAGCUGAAUUUCAGUAUGCAGGUGCAUCAUGCUGAGGGCACUGUGGGUAUUGAAAACGGUGAACUUACUGUUCAUCUGAACAAUGGCACAAAGGCAAAACAUUGUUUCUUUGCGGCGCUCCAUGAUGCCCUUCAAGAUGUCUAA